AUGAACAGGGAGAAUUAAUUCAAGAUCGUCCUUCUUGGGGAUCAAGGAGUAGGCAAAACAUCCAUUUCUAAUGUUUAUGUGAAGAAAGAAUUUAAUUCUUAUGAAAAUGCCACAUCGGGUGCCAAUUAUCACUCUCAAAUUUGCAAAAUUGAUAAUCACCAAAUCAACUUUGCCGUAAGACUCUAAAUUUAACGAUAGAUUUGGGAUACAGCAGGACAAGAGAAAUUUAAAUCUCUAGCAAGGUUAUAUUACAGAGAUUCUAAUGCAGCUCUUUUAGUUUACGAUGUCACUAACUACAAAUCCUUCUAAAGAGUAACAGAUUGGAUUAAUGAAUUAAAUGAAAAUAGCGAACCUGCAUUAAAAUUUAUAGUUGGCAAUAAAAUAGAUCAAGUAGACAAAGAAGAGGUGAGCUAUGAUGCAGCAAAAUAAUUAGCUGAGAAUUAUGGAUGUUUUUUGAGACUAGUUUCUGCCAAAGAAAAGAAUGGCAUAUUUGAAUUAUUUGAGUCAGUAGGUCGAGAGCUAUUGAAAAAUCAAUAAGACAAUUAGAAUCCUAUGAUUAAUUAACCACCCUAGACAACUAAUAAACCAUUGGUUUAAUAAAUGCCCUAAGCUUAACAAUCAGAAAAAUGUUGUUGA